AUGUGUGACGAACUGACCACAAACCCCGUUCCCCAUGCCCUUGUGCUGCUGGAGGAGGAGGGUGCAAUUUUCCUGGAAGGAAUAACAGUGAAAUGUGUGACCCAGGUGACAACACAACCAAAGUUAGGAGGGAUACAGCAAAAAUGUCAGCAGCUCUGUGGAUGGGAAGGAUCUGGAUUCCCUGGAGCACAACCUGUUUCCAUGGACAAGCAAAAUAUUAAAUUUUUGGAGCAGAAGCCAUACAAAGUUAGCUGGAAAGCAGACGGCACUCGGUACAUGAUGCUGAUUGAUGGCAGGAAUGAAGUUUAUAUGAUUGAUAGAGACAAUUCGAUUUUUCAUGUCUCUAAUCUGGAAUUUCCAUUUCGUAAAGAUCUUCGCAUGCAUCUAACAAACACUCUUCUGGAUGGGGAAAUGAUCAUCGACAAGGUUAACGGACAGGUUGUCCCUCGGUACUUGAUAUAUGACAUUAUUAAGUUUAAUGGACAGCCUGUUGGAGACUGUGAUUUUAAUGUUCGACUUGCAUGUAUAGAGAAAGAGAUUAUAUUUCCACGACAUGAAAAGAUGAAGAAUGGUCUUAUAGACAAAGCACAGGAACCUUUCAGCGUUCGAAACAAACCGUUUUUUGACAUCUACACUUCAAGAAAG